AUGUGCCUCGAGUACUCCGCAUAUAAUGCUGAGAUGCGAUCCCUUUGGUGUUGUCCUGAAUGUUUAAAUGCUGCUCCAAAAGCAACAAAACAUGAUAACACUCCAGUACGCAACGUUUCCACCAGGGGUUGCAAACGAACUACCCCUAACUCUCCUCCGAUUUCAAGUGAAAACAUUGUUAUGAGCAAGGAAAUUAUUCGUGAAGUGGUGCAGGACAUCAUUAAAGAGAGCACGAGUAACAUAGUUUCAAAAAUGCAAGAGAGUAUAAUCAACAUCCUUAAUAAUGAGCUGAAACCAGUACGGGAUAAGUUAUUACAGAUAGGUGAGUCUAUGAAUUUUCUUAAUAGCCAAUAUGAAGAUAUGAAGAGGGAGAACGAAUACUCUAAAAUGAAAAUAAGCGAAUUGGAAAAAGAGAAAGACAUAUUGAAGAGUACAAUUAAUGAUUUAAACUUGCGUGUUGACCUAAUGGAGCAGCAUGCGCGUCAGAAUAAUAUUGAACUGCAAUGUGUGCCAGAGCAUAAAAAUUAA